GAUCCACACCUUCAUCUCUUCCUUGUUGUUGCUGGUCCAACUCCAGUCCAGUAGGUGGCGCUAACGCGCCUUCACGCUGCCACAUAACCGGAAGCUGCUACCAGAGCUAGCUUGUUGUUAGCUACCAGCGCUAGCUUGCUGGUCUGGUGUGUGAGGGGAAUCUCUGAGGCUCUGCAGCAACAAUGUCUUCAGCUCAGUCUCUGAGAGAGGUGAUCAGAGAGCGGCUAACUGCUGCUGCUGCAGAAAUCUUCUCCGAGUUUGAAAAAACCAUCGUCCGCUACGAGGAAGAGAUCGAUCGUCAGCGCAGACUGCUGGAGAUCAGCUGGAAACCACAGAUCAACUUACACAGAAUAGAACUCCCACUGCAUUAUGUCAGGACAGAUGAGGAGGUUCUGACUGACCAGCAGCUCUGGAAACAGGAGAGGACCUCCAGUUUGGAGCAGGAACAAGCAGAACCUUUACAGGAGGGACCAGAACCUCCACAGAUGAAAGUGGAGCAUGAUGAGCCAGAACCUUUGCAGAUUGUAAAACAAGAGGAGCUCUGCAUCAGUCAGGAUGAAGGGCAGUGUGUACUGAAGCAGGAGACGGUGACCUCCCUUGUGACUCCUGCUGGUGAGGAAAGAGACCACGAUGAAGCAGAACCAGACAGACACCAACUCCUUUUGUCAUUGUUUCCUGAGGCUGAGAUCAGAGCUGCUGCUGCUCCGGGGUCAACAGAACUCCCACUGCAUUAUGUCAGGACAGAUGAGGAGGUUCUGACUGACCAGCAGCUCUGGAACCAGGAGAGGACCUCCAGUUUGGAGCAGGAACAAGCAGAACCUUUACAGGAGGGACCAGAACCUCCACAGAUGAAAGUGGAGCAUGAUGAGCCAGAACCUUUGCAGAUUGUAGAACAAGAGGAGCUCUGCAUCAGUCAGGAUGAAGAGCAGUGUGUACUGAAGCAGGAGACGGUGACCUCCCUUGUGACUCCUGCUAGUGAGGAAAGAGACCACGAUGAAGCAGAACCAGACAGACACCAACUCCUUUUGUCACUGUUUCCUGCGGCUGAGAUCAGAGCUGCUGUUGCUCCGGGGUCAACAGAACUUCCACAGCAUCAUAUCUGGGAAAAAGAAGAUGUUCUGACUGACCAGCAGCUCUCUGACCAAGAGUCAACCUCCAGUGUGGACCAGGAGGAACCAGAACAUCCACUGUUCACAGAGGACCAGCCAGAACUCUAUAUCCAUCAGCAUGAAGGGCAGUUCCUUUUGAAGCAAAAACAUGUAACCUUCGUUGAGACUGCUCCUUCUAACGAAACAGACUGCCAUGAUCCAGAACCCAACAGGAACCAACCCUUGAGUCAGAAUUCUACAGAAGUAGAGAACCAAGAUCAGGUUGGAUGCAGGAAAGAAAACUCAGAAUCAAACAGCAAUGAAGAACUGACACGUAAUAGAAGACGUCUGCGAAGCGAAGAUCACAGAGACAAUGUAGAUGUUCAGACACUAAAAAAGCACAAGAGGGCUCACAUAGGUGAGAGGCCAUUUUAUUGUAAGCUCUGUGGAAAAUCUUUCAGUCACAAGUGUUUUUUAUGUCGUCACAUGAGAUCUCACACAGGUGAGAAGCCAUAUCCAUGUAACACUUGUGGUAAAUGUUUUAGUGACAGUAGUGGCUUGAUUUAUCACAUGAGAACUCACACAGGUGAGAAGCCAUAUCCAUGUAAAACUUGUGGUAAAUGUUUUAGUGACAGUAGUGGCUUGACAAAACACAUGAGAACUCACACAGGUGAGAAGCCAUAUCCAUGUAAAACUUGUGGUAAAUGUUUUUCUUACAGUAGUGGCUUGAUUUAUCACACGAGAACUCAACAUAAGUGAAAAGUAUUUUCCAAGUUUGGUCUGUAUGAGAUUCAGCCAGAUAUUUUCUUUAACUUCUCAUGUAAAAAUUCACACUUGCGAUUGUAUACAUUAAAAUGUAUGUUUUUUUUCUUCUUAAAGUUGAGAAGAAUUGAGAUUUUGACUACAUUUAGUCACAUAUACCUUAGCCCAGUGUGACACAUGUACAGAAAUAUCUUUAGGAUGAGCGUUGAUGGAAAAAGUAUUAAAAAAAAAAAGGCAAAAUUGCUUUUUAUGUCUAA